AAGUUAUUGUUUUUGGUUUUUAAAAAGUUCCAUACCUAAUUUUGCGCACGUGUAGGUUUGUUUUUGUUAAUUUUUAUUUCAUAUUCAUGGAUUUCGCCAAGAAGAUACUAAGCAAAUAUGGUUGGAAGGAAGGAGAGGGCUUGGGAAAGCAGAACGACGGUAUUGCAGCUCCCCUGAAGGCAAGUCUCAAGUUCGACAAUGCAGGGCUUGGAGUAGACCGGGCUAAAGAAUUUAACGACCACUGGUGGGAACGUUGUUUUAACGAGGCUGCAAACAACGUAGAUGUGCAAGUUGGGGAAAAUGGAAAGAUCACAACUACCCGCAAGGACGGAGAGGACGCUGUGGAGAUAUCAACCAAAGGUUUCUCUGCAAGGAAAUUAAAGAAAGCCAAGGAGCAGCACGCAAGCGACGGAAAGGCAGUCUAUGAUAACUUCAUUCAAACGUCUCUGUUGACCCAAGGCGGGGCCGAAGUUGAAAAUACGGAACGAAUUCGAGUGGAGGAUAUUGCGGUUUCUAAAAUUAAUGUACUGACGGAUGAGGAGCUAUUCAAAGCAUGCGGCGGGAGAACUGCGCACAAAGGCGCUCGUCACGGUCUCAAACUGAGUGGUAAGAUAGCGCGUCUUGAGCAGCAGGAGCGUGAAAUGUUGGAGAAGCUGCAGGCUAAACAAAACCCACUCCAGAAAAACGAAGUUAUUAGCCAGGAACCUGUGAAAACAAAGAAGAAAAAGUCAUCCAAAGAAAAAUGUUCUGAGACUAUUCCUGAGGAUCAAGUAGAAUUAUCUUUAAAAUCUAAAAAGAAAAAGAAAGAUAAAAAGCAAGAGAAGGCUCAAGAUGAAUCUUCAAGCAAUCUUUAUCAGGAGACUGCGGAGAAUGUGGAGGAAGUUCUGAGCUCGAAGAAAAAGAAAAAAAAUAGGGAUAAGGAAACUGAAGUGACGGAUGCAGAGAAGUCCCCAAAAAAGCGGAAGGCAGAAGAAUCCACAUCAAAUACUGAAGAACCAAUCAAGUCCAAGAAGAAAAAGAAGAACAAGCAAGAGGAAUAACAGAAAUAGUCCUAGAAUAGAAUAAUUGUUUAGAAUAAAUAAAUUUAUGUAUUUAAAAUAACAUUUACUUUUUGAGUCAUUUAAAGAGAGAGCUACGCUGGAAAUUACAGAUUCAAAAAGAA